AGCAGGGUAACAGAAAGGAGAAUGUUGGGGGAGCGUUAUCAUCCGUAAAAAGAAAAACAAAACGUUACAAUUUCCGUUCUAGAAAGGUUCUGGGAACCAAAAAUUGUUAGCUGGAAUAUUACUACGUUUACUGAAUAAUAUAUGUAUAAUAAUGUAUGCCUGUACCUCCCUUCUAAAUCAUUCGCUGUUCUUAAUAGGUAAACAUGAAGUACUUUUCAACAAUCUGCAUAAUUCAUGAACAGUUACUUAUAUGGCCCCGCCUCCGCGCGAGUUGUCAACAGUGGUUCAAGAUGGCUGCGCUGCCGCUGGUGAGAGUCGCGCUGCUAAUCGGCUUCUCCGUGUUUCUCACGCUCAUCCUGGGUUUCGGCCUGCCGUCCGCGCUCAACCUCAUCGCGCGCAGCUGCGGCUUCCCGGAGGCGAGCGUCACUGAAUGCAUCGUGUUCAUGUACGCGCUCUUCGUACUGUACGUGGCCAUGCCUCGACUGCCCCGCGGGACUGAGAAGGUUGAAGGAAAGGCUGUGCUCAUUACUGGCUGUGACAGUGGAUUUGGACAUGCAUUGGCCAAACAUUUGCACAGACAUGGCUUUACUGUGUUUGCAGCCUGCCUUUUUAAGGAUGGAGAAGGUGCGAAAGAUCUGGAGAAUCUUCAUUCUGAACAGCUGAAGGUUGUACAGAUGGAUGUCUGCAGUGAAGAUCAGGUCUCUCGGGCCGUUCAUUUUGUGACCGCCAGCCUGGAAGACCCAGAGAAAGGUCUGUGGGCUGUGGUGAACAAUGCUGGCAUCUCAACGUUCGGUGAGGUGGAGUUCACAACCAUGGACACGUACAAGCAGGUUUCAGAGGUCAACCUGUGGGGCACCAUCAGAGUAACCAAAGCCUUUCUGCCUCUUAUCCGCAGAGCUAGAGGACGCGUGGUGAACGUGGCGAGCAUGUAUGGCAGAAUGGGCAACGCUCUGCGAUCUCCAUACUGUGUCUCCAAAUAUGGCGUGGAGGCGUUUUCUGACUGUCUCCGGUAUGAAAUGAAGGCCUGGGGCGUCAAAGUUUCCGUCAUCGAGCCAGGAAACUUUAUCGUGGCCACGGGCAUCCUAACACGUGAUAUAGUAACGUCAACAGCAGAGAAGCUCUGGAAGGAGGCGCCCCUUGUUGUUCAGGAGGACUAUGGGAAAGCUCACUUCGAGCAGUACAUGGCUCUUAUGCGCUCCUACUGCAACAGCGGCCAACGGGAAUUUGAUCCUGUUUUAAAUGACAUCACAGAUGCCAUCACAUCCAAACAGCCCUACACACGAUACAACCCUAUGGAGCCGCACUGGUGGAUUCGAAUGCAAGUCAUGACCCAUUUUCCAGGAGCUAUUUCAGACCGAUUGUACUUCUAAUGAGAUGACAAUUCCCAGCCGUCCAGUAUAUUUUUACUCAAUGUUAAUCAAUUAAUUGUAAUCAUAUGCCUUAAAAUGUACUUAAAGGAAUCCUUAUACUGCUUUGAUUUUGUUGCACUCAGUUUGAAGAAUCACCACAUAGAUUUUAAAGGAAUAUUCUGGGUUAAAUACAACUUGAGCUCUAUCAACAUUAUCUGUCGCCUGCUGUUGAUUACCAAAGAAAAUAAUGUUGAUUCAUCCCUCAGUUUGUAAAACAUGAAUGGAACAUUUGUAGUAAUAUACUUAAAUUGGAGUCAAGCAGCAGUCUUGAGGACCAAAAGAACGACAGUUCUUACUUAGUUACAUUUUGAAAUUGUCUAUUAACAAGCUACUUUGUCGUAGUAGUGUGACAAAAUGCUACAUCGCAAUGCUGACAUCCAUUUCAAGAUACGUGAACAUUACCACUAGUGAAAACCAAAUGUCAUAUAUUGAAAAUUAGCAUUUUGUUAUUCAGUUGUUGAUAUCGGGAAUGGACAUUUGCACUAGUAACAAUAAUCAAACAUUAUUAUUGAUAGCAAAAUGAUUGGUUUUACUAGUUAGUAUAUUGCUAUAACUUGUAAGAAAUGAAUUAUAGAUAUCUGUAAUUGCGUUUUGAACCGUAGUGAAUGACAGAUCAUUGUGAAAUACUUUUUGAAAAUCUGGUUUUGUUAUUAAGAAUGUGCAUUUCUGUGAGUAAUUGUCAUUUUUAUAUGAAGAAUUAAUGUUUUUACUAGUGCAAACACAAUUACUGAUUUCAAAAAUGAACAUGUUCAGUUAAAGUAAUCCUUGCUGAUCUCCAAUUUUAGCAUUGUUACUAGUGAAAAUUGAAUUAUGGAUAUCUGUCAUUCAUAUCCUGCUUCUGAUUAAAUGUUGAAAGGGCGAUACCUGAUACUCUCACAAAGAUAUAAAACAUUUAGUUUUUUUUAGCGGUUAGCGUGCAAAAAAUUAUGUUUAAAUACCGCAGACCACUGAUGCUAUCUAUAAAGCGUAAAUUGUAUUUAACCUGGAAUAUUUUGUAUGCACUUUGACUCACUUGAUCAUAUUUAGGCUCAGAAAUGGUUAAACAUGUUUUAAAUGUGAACACUUCAUAGUAUUUUGAACAUUUAAUCACACAGAUAUUUCCAUUGAGAAAUGAUGAAUAACAAGAGGCCUAAAUAAAUGUAAGGAAAAAGAAAAGUACAUUUGUGUGAUA